AUGAGGUGGCUCCUCGACCGAGUAAUUAUCAUACAACUUUGGGUGUUGGCAGCCCUUUCGAUCAAAAACCCUAUUAUUACAGGAUGGAAUCCUGAUCCCUCGGUCAUUCGUGUCGGUGAUGAAUACUUCAUCGCGACUUCGUCCUUCGAGUACUGGCCUAGUACUCCAAUUUACAAGUCAAAGGAUCUUGCCAACUGGGAGCUUUACUCGCAUGCUUUCACAAAACCCAGUCAGGCUCAACUCUAUGGCGUGCCGACAGGUGCUGGUACAUGGGCUCCUACAUUGUCACUCAUCAAUGGCAAGUACUAUAUGGCAUCCAUGACAAGGUGGACCUAUGAUCCAGUUUCACGGGUAUGGCCCCGUGUUAUGUGGGUGUCGUCCUUCGAUCUGAAGACAUGGUCUGAACCUGUUUGGGGUGACGCAUGGGGAAUCGACCCUUCCUUAUUUCAGGACCAAGCUACACAGAAGGUUUAUUUGAACCUCAUGGCUCCAAACAAUAACGCGGACAGGAUUUGGGGAAUCUAUCAAUGCCAAGUCGACGUGGACAGUGGUCGGUGUGUCGGCGAGUAUCGUUCUUUAUGGAAUGGGACGUUGCCGCAUACUUCAAGUGCCAGACCCGAGGGCCCAAAGAUGUUCAAACGCGACCAAUGGUAUUAUCUCCUUAUCGCUGAAGGGGGUACGGAUGACCUUCAUCGAGCUACUAUCGCACGUUCCACUUCUCCUGAAGGUCCCUGGGAAGAAGCGCCAAACAACCCGAUUUUGUUCAACGGUGCAUACGGAUAUGACAGCCUCACCGUACAGUCGACUGGUCAUGCCACACUUUUUGAUACUCCAGAGGGAGAGAGCUAUGCAGUAUUUUUGGCCCGCAGAAAGAUCAAUGGCACAUCCCCGCUUGGACGAGAAACCUUUCUUGCUCCUGUCCAGUGGGAGGAUGGAUGGCCUAUUGUCAAUGGAAGGGAGCCAAUUCGACUCAGCCAAUCGUUCGGCAACACCACGGACCAGGUCUCACCACCAAAGCCUUUCACGGAUAACUUUGAUCGUGCAAAUCUCGAUCCUUCAUGGUAUCAGCUUCGAAUCCCUUACACGAAGAACUUCGAGAUCAAAAAGAAUGACGCCAAUGGAAUCACUUUCAAACCAAACGUCUUCGGCCUGAGUGACAGAGAUACCCCGGCGGCUAUUUUGCGAAAGCAGAAAUCAUUGAAUAUGACUUUCAGUGCGCAGCUCCUUCCAACGAAGUCGGGCCUUGGAUACGGAGAGACAGUCGGUAUCAGCGCUUAUUUAAGCGAACUUCAACAUCAGGAUAUUGCAGUCUCUGGCUGUGUCAACAGCACGGAAAUGUGCAUCUUUACUAGACUGAUGAUGAACGGCACAGUCGAGUACGACCAAGUGAAACUGAACUCGUCAACCAUUCCGUCUGAUCUGACGCUUCACAUUCGCGCCCAACCGCUUUCUUACACCUUCGGAUAUAGCUUGGGAAUGAACGGUACAAAAUAUUGGCUGAAAGAACUGUCAUCGUCCUGGUUGGCAUUUGCCCCUACCAAUUGGUUCGUUUUUGAUGGCACCAGCUUUGCUGUUUUCGCGACUGGUACAGGGAAACCUUGGCCGCCGCAUGCCCCAGAAGUGGGAUUUUCCAGGGUGACGGAGACAUACUUUGGGGAGAACAUUCCCGACUAUGAUAAGUGGUGA